UUAAACAGUUGUAAGUUUUGUACGCAUGCGUACGGAGAUCCAGCUAGCGAAGCGUAGCACUGGUUCCGACGGUCUCUCGGUUCUUCUUUGCUGCACCGUCGAGAUGUCAACACAUAAGAAGAAAACUAGAAAGCUUCGUGGACACGUGAGCCACGGUCAUGGCCGAAUAGGGAAGCACAGGAAGCAUCCUGGAGGCCGUGGAAAUGCUGGUGGUUUGCAUCAUCAUAGAAUAAAUUUUGAUAAAUAUCAUCCUGGUUACUUUGGAAAGUUGGGAAUGAGGAAUUAUCAUUUAAGGCGUAAUACUAAAUGGUGCCCAACUUUAAAUCUGGAUAAAUUAUGGACAUUAGUGUCGGAACAGACACGAUUAAAAUAUAAAGAUGUGGAAGGCAAGGCGCCAGUCAUCGACUUGGUAAAAGCGGGGUAUUACAAACUGUUAGGCAAAGGUCGCUUGCCAAAACAGCCUGUCAUAGUUAAAGCCAAAUUUUUUAGCAAAUUGGCAGAAGAUAAGAUAAAAGCGGUUGGCGGCGCAUGUGUUUUGUGUGCAUAAACAUGAAAAUGUCAGGAUGUCAUUUUUUCAUAUGAAAAAUAAAUGUAUAAAAAUGAAUGUAUUUAAAAGAAUUCACAAAUUAACAUCUUUUUUUAAACAUA